GCGCCAUAAGUGACUUGAAUGUUUACAUUUCUACUUCUACAAAUUUUUCACAUUAUUGAUUUUGAAUUGGCGUUGUUGUCUAUUUACGCUAUUCAUUAUGUACACGUACCCAGUAUAUGCAUGAAACACAUGUAUGAAACCCCCGGAUAUUGUAUACUGAUGUAGUUAAUCAGCUAGUGUAUAUAACCAUCUCUAGACAUAUCAGCAAUACAAAUCUGGUACAAUGCCUGCAGAGAUAUCGGACUUACCAAAUGAAGUUCUGUCGAUGAUCUUCUCCAACCUCUCCUUCUACGAUAUAGUUCAUUCCAUUAAAGUUGUUUGUUCUCGGUGGCGGGAUUUAGGAAACCAACAAUGUCUCUGGACACAAAAAGGAGUCGUAAAGUGGGUGAAAGAAGCUUCAAACCUGGAGGACUUCUUACACAAAGUUAGAGUAAUAGGACGAAAUCUGGAUACUGUGUCAUUCAGAAGAAUACAGAAAGACUGGUACAGUUCAACACUUGUAACAGACAUUGAACAUAUCUAUUCUGUGAAGUACGGAAGAUCAAUUGAAGUUGAUAGUGACUAUGAUGAUGAAGUUAGUCAUGAUAUGAGUUAUGAACCGCUUGUUUUCUCAAGAGAGGACAUAAGAUGCCCCAAUGUAAAGGCAAUUCAUGCAAUUGAGUCGGACAUGUCUUUGUCCAACUUUCUCCAACUUCUGGAGAAAUUUUCAUCAGUUACCGAAGUAGUGAGUGUGGAUAACAUUGCUUUUGACAUACACAAUCCGGAAAGAUUUAUGCCUGCUUUGCAAAAUUUAGCUAAUCUGACCCAUCUCACUGUAAAGUGCAAUGAAAGAGACAACAGUCAAAUUGAUGGAAUAUGGCAAAGUGAUAGGUGGAAUGCAGAGUUAGAGAACCUGGUAAGGGCGCAUCCAAACUUAAAAUACCUGGAUGUUACCUUGCCAAGAAAUAGUAAACACACAAUUGGAAUUAUUAGCAAAUCAUGCCAGAAGUUAAGGACAUUAAAAAUGAAUGGAGAUAUGAGAGAAGAUCUAGAAUAACUGUCAAUUGAUACAUUACCAUUCCUGGAAGAAUUAAGUCUUUAUGACUUUUAUAUGGAAUCACAUGAUUUUAAAUCCAUAUUGGAAGUUGUGUGUGCAGGUAGGCGCUUAGAAAAACUCAGUCUAAUCAACUGUUUUGAUGUAACAGAGGACAUAUACCAGGUGGUCAGUGAGCAAUGUCCUCUUUUAAGAAGAUUCGUGGGAAAAGAAGACGAACAAUUUGUAAACGUAAAGAAUAGACUCAUAUUAAGGUGUGGACCAAGGAUGUACACAUCCAUAAAUGACCAUGCUCUUACGUAUCUGUCCACUUGCAGGCAUUUGCAGGAAAUCAGCAUUGGGGACUCAAGUGGCACAGCAGUUACCGAUGAGGGCAUUGGGAUUCUCGCUCGAGGAUGUACCCAGUUGAAAAUAAUCAAUUUCCAACAUUGUGUUGGCAUAACAGAUCUGGGUGUAGUGGAACUAGCUCAUCACUGUAGCGAGCUAAGUAAAGUUGAUCUAAAAUAUUGUUGUCAUGUCACUGGAUUUGCAUUUAGCUGCAUUGUAUUAAAUUGUCAAUUCCUUCAAGAUGUUAGAAUGACUGGAUGUUGUUAUUUGAAGAAAGUCAUUCUCUGCAAAGAUAAAAGAUUUCCGGACAUUCCAGUUGCAUCGUUGAAUCAAAGUGUGUAUGAUGAAUGUAAACCUGAUGAAAUUUGGUGUUCAACAUGCAAGAAAUCAAAGUCAAACAUAUGUACAGAGAUCGUGCGCAGUCACAGAGAAAUCAAAGCACUCUAUGGAAUUACAGAGGAAAGAAUUGGCCAAACCAGUAGGGAGAACAUACUUGAGGACUCUGUUGGAUUAGACUGUACUCAACUCGAACCAUUUAGAGUUUCAUCUGAUCAUUCCUGGAUUCAGGUGCUAGAGCUGUACAAUUGUAAAAGUCUCUGCGAUUUGGAUGUCAUAAAGAUUUGCAAGUAUUGUCCUGAAAUAAGAAGACUUAAUGUGGGAUCCAACGAAAACUUAUCAGACACAAGCAUUCUUGCUAUUUCUAGAUAUUUAACACUACUGACAACAUUGGAAAUAGUGGGGAUUGAUAAAUUGACAAAUGAUUCACUGGCUGCUCUAGGAAAGACUGGAUUGAUUAAUUUGUCUUUGCAAGCGUGUCCGAAAAUGACUACUGUGGGAUUAGGAGACUUUUUGACGACAAACAAAACUCUAGAGAAAAUUGAAGUCUGUCAAGGGAGAGAGAAUGUUGCCGAGGCGUUCUGGAGCAACAAUGUUGAAAAACUGCUUGAGCGAAUCAGUACUGAGAAAGCUGUGUUUGUUAUGACGAACAAUUUCAGUACCUAUUGGUUUAACAUUGAAGCAAGGCGUAAAUCAUAAACGAAAAACAUGUUGUAACAAUCUUUUGUAGUAUGUGCUUGUGAUUCAGUCACAAUGUGAACGAUGAACCGAUUUGAGUGAAAUUUAUGUACUUGUGAAAUGUCUGAAAUUAAGUGAGCAGUGUUUUCUUCUAAAUAGAGAAUUGAAAAAAUGAACAUAUAAAAAUAGAAUUCAAUCUUGUAUCAAUUCAGAAAUCGAACAUUUACAGAUUUAUGACAGUGCUGUAACUUACAACUUGCCUGCAUAUCCAGUCAGUUUAUUUUUAGACAGCUGAAUCCGGAGCCAGUGACAUGACGACACUUGAGAUUGUAUAGCCUUCGAAAACGACGAAAAUCCCUCACACUCAGAUCUGUUCAGGUCUUCAACAUAUCCAGAUGUUAUCUGAAGGAAAUUUUAUGCCAAAAAAAGAUUUUUGAAAACGAAGACCAUUUUUUGAUAUGAAACAACUGAAAUUCGAUCUGAUCGUUUAUAUUUCUGUGACGUGUCUUUGCUUCUUAUGCUGCUAACAUGAAAUCAAAGCACUUAGAUUUGAAUUAUAUUGCAAAGGACAUCAUCUACCAAACUAGGGUUGAUUUCAGACAGAAAAAAUAUGAUGCACCAGUCUGUACAGUACUCACUGAAGCCAUUGCGAUGUUAGUCCCAUUACUCCAUAUCCUAAUGCUAGACUUGUCCUAUUGUAAAGGGUUUGAAUUCGAUAUCGUUUUUGUUAAUGUUAAAUGUGACAUUAAGUUGCAGCAAACGUCAACUUUAAGAUAUAUCUAGAUAGAACACUAAUGAAAGAAUUGAAUUUGAAAGACAUCAAUCAACUUUAGAAUUUUCGAUGUGGACGACAAAGCUCUAAAGAAAAAGAAAAUUUAUCAAAGCGAAGAGAAAGUUGAUAUUGACAAGCAACAACAUAAAGAUAAUGAAGAAAUACUUCAGCAAAUUAACAAUA